GAUGAUCAUCUCCAUUAUCUGCGUUAAGUACACCACCGAACUGGCUGCUUGCUCUUUUCGGCCACACCCCGCUAUCGCAUUUUCAUCUUUGACAGACGCUCCUCUUCGAGUAAUUCGCCGCAGCAGAGUGAAUCUUGCUGAGGAGGCAACUUGCGGGCUCCUCGAUUCCCUCGCCGGGUCGACCACCCUUCAUUCUGACGCAUUGCGCACUCGCGGAAUGUCAAAGGCAAAGUCCAAAUCUCUGCCUGCGGGGCUUAAAUCUCUUAUCACAGGACCGACAUUUACGCUGCUGGCGAGAGCAUCGGUAUCUGCGGCGACAGGAACUCGGUUCGGCCGUGCGGCUGGCCCCGCUCCUGCGCCCAAGGCAGAUAUCCUCCACAGUCUUUUCGAGAAGCUCGACAAGGAUGCUGCCGCAAAAGGAGUGGGCUGGGGGGAAUGGAUGAGCUUGGCAACAGCGACAUUGUUCACUCUCAACUCUUCCGGAUCGCUCCAAUCACUCCAUCGCUACACCACCUCAAAGUUGCCAUCGAUUUCUCUGGCAGAUCGAGUCAGCCGGGCGUGCCUGAUGCGUGAAGUCGGACUCAAGUGCAUUGGCUUCAUUGGUAUUCCCAAAGUCAUCAACAAUCUGGCAGCCGUAAGAGCUGCAGUGGAAGAAGACCAAGAGCUCGCAGCUCAGCUGCCUACAGAGCCACGGAGACGCAUCACGAGUGACAUUCACUCCCGAGUCAACGAUGCGGCCUACGAGCUUUGGGAUGAUAUCUACCAACCACAUUCCAAGAAGCUGCUCGGAAUCCUCGGCAAGAGCCACCCGGAUUUGCCAGUAUUCAUUGUCGAGUCAGAAUACGGCCCGUUGUUCCAAACACCGUCAUCCUUCCACCCUCAAUCUGCCUCUUCCGAUCCAGAUUGGGAAGUGAAUCGCCUGCGCACCUCGCUCGUCGCCAUCGCAUCCCUGCGCGCGCAGGGCGGCGUUGGACCGCAAGUCACAUCGCACGUCUGGGGUCUGAUGAAGGCCGCGCCAAGCAUCGCGCAAGAUGACCCGCACAAGGACGGCCUCCAAUGGCUCGCCACGGAACAGGGCGCGGAAUGGGUCCUUCGCAGCGUCACUUCGAUCUGCGAGACGAUCGAGGGCGCUAGCGAGGCUGACUUGCAUCAACCAGGGCAAGAGACGAGGGAGAGCAAGCUGUAAUGAAGUGUUACCGGUUGCAAGUUGCAUCGUAGAGUUGUGUAGAUGUUCUAAAGUACAACAGAAUCCGAGAGUUUAGAU